UCAAACAAGAAAAAUGACCCCUCGAUUUCAAAUUAUGUAAUUUCAAUCCCAGUAGGCUUACAGUGGUCUAGUACUCAUACUUACAACUAUGUCGCAAAUGACAGAGAAAGCACAGAAUGAAAUUUCUUCUCUAGCUGACAGAAAUGUAGACAGCACAGACUCUGAUCUGCGUUACAUGGCAUAUGCUGCUCGUCUCAGGACUGCAGUACGUGCCGGCAGUCGUUACAUUGCAUAUACCAGUGAUGUCGGAGAGGCAUUUCGUCCCGUAGUGCCUCCUGCCGUAGUUACUGCAUGUUACGGUAUAUCAUGGCUAUACCUCGCUGGGUGCGUGCCCUUUCAUCAAUAUCUGUGCCGAAUAGUGACGAGUCAUACCAGCGACGUGAGCUACGAAGCGUAUAAAACCCAUAGACGUGGACCCAGCCCAAUAGAAGCCGCCCAUUUCUCCGAGCCGACAAGAGUAGGUAUGGUAGCCGUCAAACGUGCGGUUUUUCAAUCUGUAGCAUCAAUGGCUCUACCCGCAUUCACUAUUCACACCGCAGUCAACCAAGCAAAGAAAGCUUUCACGAACGUGCAAAACAAGAGAUUGAAGACGUGGGGUCCAACUAUCAGUGGACUUGCUAUCGUUCCUUUCUUGCCGUACAUAUUCGAUCACCCCGUUGAGACGGCAACGGACAAAGCAUUCGAGUGGAUAGAGAAGAGGCUAAUUGAGAGUCAAGAUAUUAGAGAGAAAUCAUAGUGGUAAUCGUACUAAUUAGAUCGCUUUUCUUAUCUACUGUUUACCCUAUAUCCUGUCUCUAAAGCACUGGAUUAUCGUCGCCAUUAAUAGUGUGGAUACUCCCUCGAACGCCGAACCUCUCGUGCCAGUACUGGGACUGGACAGCUAAUGCCGAAGUGGGGC